UGAGUUUCCUCUGUGUGUUCCAUGAGAGAGGGCGUUGGAAGCAUGGCAUUCCAACAAGAUGUACUCGGCAACAAGAAGUUUACAAUGCUUGCCUGCAUUUCAGUGCUCUCGGUUCUUUUCAUCGCGGGACAUCUACUGCUGACUGAGGGCAUAACAAUGCAGCCACCAAGGUUUCUGUACUUCAAUGUCACGUGGCACAACACGAACUUACCUAAAGAAUCCGUGAACGAUACACAAAAUGACAUAUGGUUCAUCGAAACAUCCGAUAAACAAAAACUCACCGCGAGGCAAGCCUGCAGCAUCGAGUCAGCUUGCCGGCACAAUGGCGACUACAACGUGCACCUGCUCUUUACCGGAAACAUCAGCUCCUCUCACUGUCCUUACCAUCGCAUGCUUUCAAAGUUGCCAAACUUUCGCUCGGCGAGGCUGAAUGUGAGCGUCGAACUAGCGGGGACUGCGUUGCGUGCCGUAGAAGCAGCGCUAAAUCGAAGUACGCACAAGGUGGUGCAUCUAAGCGAUUUCCUGCGAUACAUCGUGCUUUGGAAGCACGGCGGUAUUUAUUUGGACAGUGACUUGAUCGUGACGAAGUCCUUGAAAGGAAUAAGGAAUGCCGUGUUCUACCAGUGCAGAAAGAAGCGCGAUGCCGUUGCAAAUGGUAUACUGUUCUUCGAGAAGCGGCAUCCCGUACUCGCAGCCAUUAUUGAUAGGUGCGCACGCGUGUACGAUCCUGUUAAUCGGAUAACAUGCGGUCCUGCACUAAUGUCGUCGCUUCCUUUAGACACUGAAUUUUCUCGCCGCAUCUCGUUCUUUAAUGAGUCGGUGUUUUUCCCUGUUCGGUGGCAAAACUGGACGGACUUGUUCCAACCCGAGAAGGCGCCAGUGGUACUCAGAGCGACGAACGUCAGCUACGGUGUCCACUUGUGGAACCAUCUCAGCGAGAAUACGCGAGUGGUGCCCGGAUCUGGUUGCGCUGUGGACGUUCUCGCGAGCACCCACUGCCCCGAAGUUUACAGACGAGCCUCCACUGAGGGGUACUUUUGAGUACAUUGUGUCCACGCUAGAGAAUUCCACCGCAGUAAUUUCCCUGCUAUACCAUGCCUGAACAAGUGACUUGACUAGGUACCAGUACAGUAUUUAAAAUAAAUGUUACGUACUCCUCCUCCCGUAAUAAGGCAUUGCGUCACGCUGCUUGCGAUUUCACACAAAGUGUGCCCGUUGUAAUAGAUCUCUAAUUUGUCAAUAAUAAUUAUCUUCGU